CUUUCAGGAUGAAGUGCAUUGUGCUGCUAUUCUUCUUGUCCCUGCUGAGCCUGGACAUGGCUUUGCGUAGGGAACCUCCUAGGGAAGAGCGUCGUACGAGAGAAGGUCGUCCGGGAAAAGGUCGUAUGGAGGAACGUCGUACGGGUGUGCUCGAAACACCUGGCUUCGGUUCUAAAGACAGGGGAUCUUUCCGAGACAAUAGGCAUAUUCCUGGCUUCGGUUCUAAAGACAGGGGAUCUUUCCGCGACAAUAGGAAUAUUCCUGGCUUCGGUUCUAAAGACAGGGGAUCUUUCCGCGACAAUAGGAAUAUUCCUGGCUUCGGUUCUAAACACAGGGGACCUUUCCGCGACAGUAGGAAUAUUCCACAUGGCAUGGAUCGCAUGACAAUUGGCCGAACAAGUGGACACCAUGCGAUGGAGCGCGGGAGGGAAAAUUUCGGUGAUAGGCAACUCAUCAAGGGCAAAUAUUCCGGUCGUACAAACCAGAACAGUGGUAGACUUGGACCGACAGGUGCAGCGUUAGCGGCGGCCGCUGUGUUAACGAAAAGACUCGAAAAGCCGAUCGAAAAGGCUGUAAAACUUGGCUAUAUUCAUCCUCGAUCCUAA